CUAGCCUGGCCUCGGGCUGCUCCUAUAGUCUUUGACUCGCUCAGGCCACACCCAGUGCCUACACCGCCCGCGGUUUUCUGAGGAGCGCUGGAGUUUUCCUUUGAGAACUGGAGCAACGAGGACGUAUGAAUGACCCGCUCGCCGGGAUCGAGCCCGGGCGGGCCGUGUGUUCUCCGCGCGGGGUCCGGGGUGGGCCGCCCGUGGAUACCGGCGCUCCGGAUCCCGCUCUGUCGAAGACCGACAGGGACCUCUCAGCGGCAGGUGGGGACGUGAGAUCGCGGACGCGAGAGAAUUUGGAUUGCCAGUCGUCCUGGGUCAGAGAAAAAGUGCUCUUUCUUUUGAACCCCGAGAGGUGGUUGGGAACACAAGCGGACCCUGCUUGCGCAGAGCUGGUGGAUAGCGAGGACUUCCGUCCGAGGAUUGAAGACCACCGCGAUUCGGAACGGGAACCGAAGCUUUCCCGCAGGCGCAUUGCCACGGUCCCCGGAGCCCAGCCUCGGAACCCAGCAGCCACCCCCAGGUCCGUGUUGGUGCGGGUCGUGGAUUACCAUGAGACGCAGGAGGUGCAGCGGACUGAGUGGACCAAGGGUCAGAUGACUACGAGGACCAAGGAGCGCUCUGUAACCGCCGUCACCUUUCGCACCCAGAGUGAUUGACAUCGUUUGUGCGGCACUGGGGCGAGAGCAGAACCUGGAUGUACCCUGCGUUGCUAUGGGAGGAUAAUUCGUCGCCAAAGAUCCGAACCCGAGAAAUGUUCCAGGGCUAGGGAUGCGAGGAAACGCCCGAAGAACCAACUCUCAGCAGUUUUAGACUUCCUCUGUGGCGUCAGUGUCUGACAGUCCUUUAAGAGAAUAAAAGGUGAAGAACAAGAACACUUUCCAUUUCAUAAGAGUCUUUGGAAGAACAUCCGAACUUGUCAGUACCAAGCACUGUCUCAGGAUGACUGGAUCUUGGCUCUUUGACUUAACCUCUACCUCACAGAAAACUGAGUUUGUCUGACAUUGUCCUUGUUGGCCCAUCUGAACACAAUAGACUGCGACAAAUGUCGGAGUAACAUAACCGCCAUGAUCAGGCCAGUGCCUACCUCUGUUUUUUUUUUAAUUAAUAUAUAUUUUUAUUUUGAGACAGUGUCUAGCUGUGUAUUCCAGGCUUACUUUGGACGUGAUGUCUAGCCUGUGAUGACUGAACUGGAGAUGGUCCUCAGCCUCCUACAUCAUGGGAUGACAGUGUGUUCCCGAUUCUCGGGCUGCCACCUCUCUUUAAUCUCCUUCUCCAUACCUGUCGUUACACAUGCUAUCCGCUGUAUUUGACUUGCUUGUUCUAUUGAGGAGCCUUACCAGGUCUUGAUAUUAAAACUCACUGUGAUUUUUUUUCCUAAAAUUUUUAAAUUUUAAAUUUAUUUUGUGUAUGAGUGUGUGCCUGCAUGUGUAUGUUUUUAUUGUGUCUACCAGCUGACCACAGAGAGCAAAAGAAAGUGUUAGAUUCCCUAACACUGGAGUAAAGGUGGUUGUAAGCCUUCAUGCAGGUAACAGAAACUUAACCCAGAAAGAGUUCUUAACCGCUGAGACAUUUGUUCAGAACUGAAAAUGACCCUUAAAAGAAGAAAGAAAAAGUUUUAUUUUCAAAAUAGAUUGUUGGGGCCCAAUGUGGUAGCAUAAGCCUUUAAUUGCAGCAAUCUGGAGGCCUACAGAAAAGAAAAAAGAAAGGAGAAAGAAAAUGAAAAAAAGUUUGCUCAUCUAGAAACAAAUUAAGAAAGGAUUAUGAAGUUUAAAAAGAUAGAUUAAAAGACAACCAAAAUUCUCCCAUGAUCCUACAUCUCUUAAUAUUUAGUAUCACAUGAAUAUGGCUUUGUUUUAAUUUUCUUUUUAUGUGUAUGCUUAGGUUGACACAAAAUAUAUAGGUCUCACUUCAAAGGGAGUAAAAGAUAGUUCAUUCUAAAAACAAACAUGGGUGACCAUGGCCAAGGAACUCAGGGAUUCAGAUUAUGCCAAAAUCCACAUGCCUAUGUGGUUUCAUGAUAUUUUUAUAGUAUCAAAACAAUGGAAUAGUUCAUAAAUCCGCAGACUUUUCAAAUACACUGGUAGAAACUUCGGGCAAGUGCGUACAGCAAAGUGAGAAAUUUCUGUUGUAGCUCUCAAAUACAAUCUGAUGUCCUUAUUAGCCUUUGGGUUGGUCUGUAUACCCCAAGGAUGUUAGAUCACACAUAGAGAUGGGCUUACAUAACCCAAGAUACAGUGGGUCUUGGUCUGCAGCACUCAAACUCUCUAUAACCAUUCAAGCUACAAUCAAUUAAUUAGUUUAUCAGCAAAGCAUGGCUGUUGUGUACUAGCUUCAGUUAAUGCAUACUUAUGCAUUUAUUUUAUUGUAAGGAUAAAUUAUAAAAAAUAAUCCUGGUGUAACCCUUUGUAUUUUCUGAGUAAUGCUUUUAGGUAGGUCUCCUUCUUUGUUAGCUGGGUAGUGUGAGAAGAAAGGAAGCUUUUCCUCCACGUGGUCCCUUUUUGUCAUAGCAUGUUAUCCCAGCAGCAGAAAGGAGCAGGAAAGAUAAGCUAUCCUACAGGCUGCUGUCACUGGGGAUCGGGCCCAAGGGGCUCCCCCAAAAGAAAAGAGCAGAGUCUCUUCUCCCUCCACUCCCGCUGCACUGCUGAGUCAGAGCAAGCAUGCUUGUCUGUAAAGAACCCUGGGUAAUUCACAUUCUAGGUUCACAAGCAUUGUUCUAUCCCUCAGGUUAAUGUCAGCACAGUCAGUUACUACAAUUAAAAACAUUAUUUUUUAAAAAAAUUAUAAUUCAUUUUUAACAAUGCCAGGGCAAUAACAAUUUGUUGGAUUAUGGAACUAGACUUUAUAAAAGGGUACACAAGGCAGUUUAUCAGGGAUUGGUAACCUGGAAAAAAAAAUGUGUCUUCUUAAACAGCCAUAUUUUUCUAUAAUUGUCCCUAAUGAAGUAUUGAUUGAUUAUUGGAUCUCUUAACUGAGAACGAGUUUUUCAUUUUCAAGGAAUGUGAACCGGUUUAUUGCCAGACGCCCCUUAGGGGAGGAAGGGCAGGAAGUCAUUAAGGACAGGACGGUUUCAGACCUCUGCAGCUGAGUCACAGCUUGUCAGUCAUUCGUGGCGAGUUAUGAGGGAGUGGGGCAAAGGUGGGGCUUGAAUUUCAAUCAGUUGAUUCAGGUAGGAAAACAGGGGUUGGGACUCUGGAACACCCUGAAAUCUCUCUAGCCACCCAGCACUUUGCUCUUUAAUUAGAAAGGGUAGCUCUUUAUGGAUUUAUUUCUCUACAUAAUCUCAUAAAUGGUGAUAAGGAAAGGAAAAGUCCAGAUUACUUGGGGCAGCAAAAGGAGGUGUGUUCAGGGUACAGGCACUGUGCCAGCCAAUAGUUCCCGGUAGAAUAAGGACAAUUAUGCUCAGAACAAGGAAGUGAAUUUAAAAAUCAUAACCUGACUUCUCAGCUUAAAAGAGAGUACUAGAGAGCUGGAGAGAGGAUUGCUCAGUAGCUGAGAUCUGAGUUUGGUUCCCUGUAUCCACGGUGGGCAUCUCACAGGCACGUGAAACUGCAGCUCCAGGGGCUCUGAUACCUUCUGCCUUCGCAUGCACUAGUACACAUGAGACAUACAGUCACACACAUGCACGUAAAUGAAACUUAAAGUCUUAACAGAACAGAGCUUGUAAUAAUGUUAAGGUAAACGAACUAGCCUCUCUCAGGCUAGCUGGAAGCAAUAGCACCCAGGCAGUGGGAAAAUUUCACAUUUUCUCUUAGCUUGACUAAGGGCCCAUGAGCUAUUUCUUUGAAAUGGAGUCAUUGGGAAAAAGAGGAUCCCGAAUUAUCUUCGCCUGUGUGGUGUGGGAAAACAGAAGACUACCUCCCCAAAUUAUUAGUUAACAGACACAAAUGGUCAAAUCACAUUGAACAGCUGUCUCCAAAAUCCUUCAGUACAUUCUCACCAGCUUAGAAACUCUCCUACCAUCGGUCUCAGAGAAAUUCAGUUUGUUCUCUCUUCCCUACCAUAAAAAUCUCCAAGAAAGUCUUUUUCUCUUUGAAUCUGUCUGGGCAAAUUUUCCUUAACAGUGAAGAGGAAACAGAGAAAGGGGAAGGCUUGAGGUAUACCUCUGGCAUCAAGAAUUUGGUGGUGGUGGCGGGGUGGGGCAGAUGUUUAGAAGGACAACUUCUCUUAGGAUGGGUUUAGAUCAGGGAGGGCCUGAGUGACAAGGUGGGCACAUCAGAAAGCUGGCAGCUAAUGAGUAACCCUGCCAUUAUGGACAGAUGGCAGCCGAGGCCGAGUGGCAUUCUUCCAGCACUGCAGUAACUCUCUAAGAUUAAAUUUAAUGGAAGCUACUUAGUACCAGGCAUAUAAGGAACACCCAAAUCAGCUAUCAUUAUCAUAAUAACAAUCAGCCAUGGUGGUCAGGUUUACAUCUCUCUUCAUUCUAAUCAACUGCAUUUUUAAAAAUUUAUUUAUUCAAUUAUCUAUCUAUCUAUUUAUUUUUGUAUUAUUUUGUAUGUUUAUCUCGGGUGGGUGGUAAUGUGUACUUGAAAACAGGUGUUCUUGAACAACUCCGGAACCCCUUGAGUUGGAGUUAUGGGCAGUUGUAAGCCAUCCAACAAAGAUUAUGGGAACUGAGUUCAGGUCCACAACAAGAGUAGUCCCUGUCCUUAAGCACUGAACAAUCCUGCCGGCACCUAUGCUUUACCUUCUAAGGACAAAAAGCAAAAUACUUGAAGCAGUAUUUUCUGCAGCAAUUCUUUUCUAUCUGCUUUCAAAUGUCUCCAUAUAAGAUCUAGCCACUGCCACAUGGAUUCAACCUCAGGCUGGGGACGGGAUUUGACAGAAUGCUUGCCUGACAUGUCUGAGACCCUGAACUUGAUCCUUAGUACAUCUGCCAAUUUUAACAAAUAAAUAACCAUAGAUUCAGCCUUUUACUAAUUUUGAACUUUGUAUGUGUUGGAGAUUGAACCUAAGGCCUUGUAUAUAUAAAACAUGUUGCUGGCUAUGAAGUAACAUACCAGUCCUCUUCGGUUACGAAGAAGUGUGAGGAUUCUGGGAGUUAGAAAGAUUUUUGUCGCAGAAUAAUAACAAGGCUGCAAAAUAAUUAAGGCUGGGCUGGACUAAAUGCUGACCCAGAUCCUAGAAGUUACAAGGAUUCAGGUGUCACAAUCUCUUCAUCCCAAUGUGUAGGAAAAUUAUAACGGUAUAAAUGAAAUAAUCUUAUAAUAAAAUUCUGCUUGGGGAUUAUGUUGCAGGAGAAGAAAGGAUUCAGCAGUGCAUAUUCACGGUUGGCCCGAGGUUUAACCAAUGGGGAGGGAAGAUUGUCCUGAGAAGUCAACAGAGGGAUUCAAGAUAGCGACAAAUGAGACUAAAGGUUCAUCUGGUGUUUAGUAUCACCAUAUGUUUAGUGAUAAACACUUCUGUUGUUAAGAAGUGACUGAUCUGAUUUUUAUUUUUUAAAAAAUUUAAAUAAACUUUAUCAUUAUGGCGGUGGUGGCGCACGCCUUUAAUCCCAGCACUCGGGAGGCAGAGGCAGGCAGAUCUCUGUGAGUUCCAGGCCAGCCUGG